AUCCUCGAUAUGCAAAUUUGUGAAUUGACUUUCUAAUCGCGUCUAUGUGAUUAUUUUUGACACAAACGCGAGGCUAACAAAAUGUAUCCUUGACUUUGAAGCGGAUAAUGUAACUCUUUGGCAUACAAAUCUGUUUUUAUUAUUGCAUAUGCAAUUCUACAAGCGUUUGAAUGUUAUAAUUAUUUUUUUAGAAACUUUAUAAAUGUCUUUUAUAAAUUCUAUAAACGUCAGACUUCGCUAAGUAUGUGCACGCCGCGUGUACGUGAAAGGCAAGCAACAUAUAAUUUGUACGCGCGGGGCUAUUGUCCGUCAAUCUUCGUUGUAACGAGUUUACGUACCAAAUCAAUGUUCAACAUAAUGAGGAUGCGACCGUGGGCAAUGAAGGAUGACAGCCCGCCAUAAGCCGCAUCCUCAGUUUGGCGCACAUUGUUCUACAAUGUGCCGUCUCGUUCGGCUCGUCUGUGACAUGAUCGACUUAUCUUCAAGGAUCAUCUACUGUGUAAUUGUUCUCUUUUCGUUAUGCGAGACAAGAACGUGCUGUCUAGGCUCGUAUGCCUGCACGACCGCAAGUACGCAAACUCCAACAGAUACAGAACGUUCCACAGUGCUGGACUCGAUGUCAAUCUUCGAGGAGAUGGAAAACCGACUGUCGAGUCUCGAACGGAGGCUGCGAGCCGUCGAGCAACCGGUUUGGCAGAUCGGCCUGAGAGAGGAGGACUGGGAGAUUUGUGCCGAGGGACCGUGCAAAUGCAUACCUGAAAUCAAAUCGGUGUCCUGCUGGAGAUACGAUCUACUGAGUCUGCCUCCCACGCAACUGGUUCCCGCCGACGUGCUGAGGCUAGAUCUCGGGAAUAAUCGGCUGCACGCUCUGCACAGAGAUACAUUUAAGAACAUGACGCGGUUACACCAUCUAGAUCUCAGCGGCAAUCUGGUCGAGCAUUUAGCACCAAAUUUGUUCCUGCCGCUGCACAGUGUCGCAAAUGUCAGACUGAGUAACAAUCUCUUAAAGGAGAUCCAACGUAAUCAGUUUCUCGGACUGAGAAAUCUUCGAAUACUCGAUUUAUCGUCAAACAGACUCCGCACUUUGCCGGAGGGUCCUUUCCUAAGUAACAGCCUUUCGGCUUUGCUUGAUCUCUCUUCCAAUCGCAUCUCCUCGUUACCUUCCGACACGUUUCAUGAUCUCGGGAAUCUCGAGGAACUGUUGCUGAGUAAAAACCGACUAGGUGGAUUACCUCUGCCAAUUUUUCGAGACACAAUUAAUCUUAGGCGCCUCGCACUCGAAGAAAAUCGUUUUAGAGAGCUGCCUAACGGCAUAUUCGAGGGUCUGACAUCUCUCAGAGAGUUAGAUAUGAGAGACAAUCGUUUGGCGGAAGUGCCCAAGGGACUGCUGUCCACUCUUGUACGACUGGAAAUCCUGGAAAUGUCGAGCAAUAAAAUAAUUCGUAUCGAUGCAAGAGCCUUUCACGAUAUGGUAGCACUUCGAGAACUUCGACUAGGACAUAAUCAAAUCAAAUACCUGUCGCCUGGAUUAUUCAACAAUUCUAAAUCCUUGGAACGUCUUAUUCUCUACGGCAAUCGUAUAGAAAUCUUAACGAGAGGCGUUUUCCACGGCUUGUCCAAUCUCACUUCUCUUUUCCUGCAAUCCAAUCGAUUGAAAGUGAUGCAAUCAGGAGUUUUUGACGAUACGCCGAAUUUGCGGAAACUGCAAUUGGAAUCAAAUCAACUCUCGUUCUUGCCAGCUGGAAGCAUGGACGCUAUAUCGACGAUUCCACAAGUACGCUUAAGCCGGAAUCCCUGGCAUUGUGAUUGCCGUGCCUCUUAUGUCGCCUCUUGGCUACGUAAGAGAUUCGCCAGCUUCGCGAAUUUGACCAAUCAAUUACAGAUACAACAGGCUUUGAUCCUUACGGGCAAUUGGAGUGUCUGGGAAUUUGGAGCUGGCGCAAUAUGCAGAGGUCCAGGUAUAUUGGGCGGCCAGUCAUUAUUGCGUCUGACCUUUCAUGAGCUCUGCGAUGGUCAAUGGGCCUCCAUGAAGGGUAUUGUGCCUCGAUUACCCCUCGAUGUCAUAGCGCCGUCCGUCGCGUCGCAUACAGUCAAGAGAGACACGAUUUUGGUAAUUAUAAAUCGCAUUUUACUAAAUACAAUAUUUCCAAAUAAAAUAUUGCAUUUUCCUCCAGCAAUUUCUCCUACAACAAAAAUCUGUGCAAUUGCAGAGAUUAUUUUUUGGCUCUUAAUAUCACAUUAAUAUUAACUGAAAUAAAAAUAAUUUUCUUGAAUAAUAUUGUAUCUCAUUUUUUAUUCAUAUUGUUACAGGUAUAAAAGAUGCGAGACUCAAAUUUGCGAAAAUAUCACGUGAUGUUGAGAAAACAUUUGAUGCUAAUUAGACUAAUUAGCGCAUCUUUUAAAAUGAUUUUUUCGUUGCCAUAAAAAAUGCAGCGUGUAUAAAUAAAUAAAUUGUACAAAUUAUUUUAAACAUUUGUGCACUAUAUAUUGCGUGCACUGUAUGAUAAUGCAAUUCACAAUACUUACAAUAAUAGCAUAGAGCAAAAUGACAUGAUAUGAAAUAAAAAACCAUUUAAUUGCAAAAAUAUUUUGCUUCAAGCGUGUGUUAUCCGCCCAUCGUUUCCAAUCUCAAUUUCUUACGCUCAUAAACGAUUAUGUUGACUUGCAGUUGUUAGAUAGGAUUAUAACGUAAUCAGUUGCGCUUAUCGCAAAGUCCAAUUUGCUAUCGCCGAGCAAAAUGAUAAAAAACGUAAGAUAUCGAUCAUACAACUCUUCUCCAAGAAUAAAACUAGAAUCUUUCCAUAAUUUCUCAUGACUAACGACCAGAACGAAACACGCGACGUCAUAGAAAUUACACGAGAGUAUUAAAAUUAUUGAUAACACACACACUGCUCAGUCGACCGUCAGAUAUACAAUAAGUCCAGUCACGUGUAAAUUAUUUAGAACAUUUAGCACGCGCUAAUAGCACUUCGAUAAAUCGCGGAGAAGGAAAAUGCACGAACUGUAACUCGUGCGUAACAGAUGCGUGAAGAACACGCGCAGAACACGUGGAGAACGGCAGACGUAAACUGCGCAACCAAACGAUGAACCACCGAGAUUUAUGCACGCAUGAUGCGCUUUUAACAACCGUGACAAAGAACGAUUCGUUCGUCUUGGUAAGUCGAAAUGGAAGGGGUCCAACAAGCGAGUCGACGGAUUUGUCGACUGGUCAGUUGGCGGAUAUCCUUGCUUCGUUUCAGUAUACUAUUCACGAUGGCUGCGACAGGUAGUAAUGGUACUGUCGAUUUACUGGAGAAACUCUUGCAGAUCUUUAAAGAGGAACGAGUGUUCGAUCGAUCUGGCGAUCAACCCGUCGUGCAAUUUGUUCAACCCAAAGAUUUGCAGG